AUGUCUGAACCGGCCCCAGAACGGCGGCCACCAUCACGCCCACAGCCGAACGAGAUCUUCAAAAGGCUAAAGUGGUCUGUUCUAGAUCCUCCAUCGGAUGUGCAGGUCUUCGGAAGGGAUGAUGAAGGACGACCACUUUCCGAUGAGUCUAAUAAGUCGCUGCUUGAUGCAUCUGCAAUGAAUCCUCCACUAUCACGCCUAGAGGUAUCAAUCGAACCAUUGCAUAGCUGGUGGCACUGGCACGACUCGGGAACUGACCCUCUACGGCCCGCACAGUUGUUCAUUGAGAAUGCGGAUGGAGAACCCAUCUCUGUCGGUCAAUUCAUUCGUGCCGUUCACGCUUAUGCACUUCCCCUGCGCAAGCUUCUUCUGCGAUGUACGGACAUAAGAGACCCUUCAAAUCAAGACCGUGCACGGUUCUUCUUCGAAAGGAUAAUGGGAGGAUCCGAAGGAGAAAAAUUACCUGGACAACGAGGGUAUGGGUUUAUUGUUGUAGAGGACCCUACGGGGGAUGGAGAGGCAUGUUCAGACCUCUGGGAAGAUAUCGAGACUCGGGUCAAGAAUCAGUCUGCCUCGCAAUAA